UCUGUCUAUCAGAAGGCCUCAAAGGACACUUCUAUGGCCCUCGCAUUGGUCUCCCUGAUGCUGCACUUUGGCUGGACGUGGGUGGGACUGGCAAUCCCGGAUCACCAGAAGGGUGUGGUGUUUCUGUCCGAUUUGAGAGCAGAGAUGCAGGAGCAUGGGCUUUGCCUAGCCUUUGUGGAGCUGAUCCCAGUGAACAACUGCUUUGUUCCCUCAGUAGAUUUAAAACAGCCAACCCGCAUCAUGAUGUCCUCAGCCAAUGUGGUUGUUCUGUUCAGUGACAAGGCAUUAUUUAUUAAGCUAAUCUUGCUGCUGACGAGGUCCCUGAUAAUAUGGAAGGAGAUGCACUCCAUUCUCGAGAGCCUCCAAUUUACAAAUCCAGCUGGCGACCCUGUGUACUUAGAUGAGAAAAGAAAGCUGGCUGCAGCAUAUGACAUUGUCAACUUCUGGAAAUUUCCCCAAGGACUUGGCCAUACCGUGAAAGUGGGACACUUCUCCUACGAUCCACCAGGCCAACAGUUGUCUCUCUCUGUGAAGUUGAUGGAGUGGGCCAUGGGAAUCACACAGACCCCACAAUCCAUGUGCAGCUCCAGCUGUGGCCAUGGGUUCUGGAGGACCACCCGGGAGGGAGAGCCCACCUGCUGUUUCGACUGCACUCUCUGUCCAUACAGCAAGAUUGCCAAAGAGACUGAUAUGGACCAGUGUGUGACAUGUCCUGAUCACCAGUAUGCCAACGCAGAACAUGACCGAUACCUGGACAAGCAAGUGACCUUCCUGGACUUUCAUGAUUCCCUGGGGAUGGUCCUGGCAUGCAUGGCUCUGUCCCUGUCUGUGGUGAUAGCUGCCAUCUUGGGGAUCUUUGCGAAGCACCAAGACACUCCCAUCGUCAAGGCCAAAAAACACAACCUCAGCUACAUCCUGCUCAUCUCACUCCUCCUCUGCUUCCUCUGCUCCUUCCUCUUCAUUGGGCAUCCCAACACAGCUACCUGCCUCCUAAGACAAGUCACAUUUGCCCUUAUGUUCACACUGGCUGUUUCUGCCGUGCUGGCCAAAACCAUCACUGUGGUUCGCUUCAAGGUCAUGAAGCCUGGAAGGACCAUGAGGCGAUUGCUGGUUUCAGGAGCCCCUAAAACUGUCAUUCCCAUCUGCUUCCUCAUCCAACUGACUCUCUGUGGCAUCUGGCUGGCAACAUCUCCUCCCUUUUUGGACAUAGAUGCACACUCUGAGCAUGAACACGUCAUCCUCACUGCCUUCUCCUGUGUGCUGGGCUUCCUGUGCUCAUUGGCCCUGGGGACCUUCAUUGUGGAUUUCCUUGCCAGAAACAUGCCUGACACGUUCAAUGAAGCAAAAUUCCUGACAUUCAGCAUGCUGGUGUUCUGCAGUGUGUGGGUGACCUUCCUGCCUGUGUACCACAGCACCAAGGGAAAGGUCAUGGUGGCUGUGGAGGUGUUCUCCAUCAUGGUCUCCAGUGUGGGUCUCCUGGGCUGCAUCUUUGCCCCCACGUGCUACAUCAUUCUCAUAAAACCUGAAAUGAAUUCUUUUAACGUUUUUCAAAACACCAGAGGGUCUAAGAGAAACAGGAAGAUUGUCUGA